CGGAAGUGAAACUGGAGUUCCUCUCCGGGAGCUGCGCUCUUUGCUCAGACAUGAGUUCGCUGGGGUUUGACGGACUGUUGCUCCUUAUCUCUGACGAACUGACUCGCGAUCAGCUCGACGCGCUCAAGUUCCUGUUCCGCGGGGUGAUCGGGAAGAGGGACUUGGAGAAGGUGGACAAAGGCGUCAAACUGUUUCAGCUGCUGUUCGACAGAAGCCUGCUGAGUCCGGACCAGACGGACUUGCUGGCCGAAAACUUGUGCUUGAUCAAGCGAGCGGAUCUGUCGGAGCGAUUACGGAAUUUCCACCGUGGACCGGAGGAACCCGGGAAAAAAGAGUUGGACCUCGCCACUGAUGUGUUGGCCGACCACCUGGGCAGGUCGUGGCGCAAGCUAGCGCGGAAGCUGGCCUUGACGGAGGCGAGGAUCGACUCGGUGGCCGCGAAGCACCCGACCGACCUGGAGGAGACCAUCAGGGAACUGAUGAAGGAGUGGCGGAGGAAGCGAGGAGCAGACUGUCAGGUGUCGGAGUUGAUCGAGGCCCUGCGGUCGUGUCAGUUCAACCUCACGGCUGACACUUUGGAGGACAAGCUGAGAGCCGCAGGCUUUGCACUGACCUGACGCGUCCAAUUGGGAAUCGGAGCGGAGAUCGACCUUGUUACAAAAUGUUACCACCUGAUGUGGUGAGACCUUUAAAAACAGGAGCGUUGAUAGACUGUACCAGAGAUUUGGUCAAUAAUUCCUAUGUUUAACUUUUCUUUUGCUGAAUACCCUGAGGAUCAAAUGUCAGAAUCUUCUUGUCUGCUGCUCUGCUGGGCCUUCAAGAUGAUACCUUCUCCCUGUUAGUCUUCCACUGAGCGAGUCGUAUUUUAUUAAAAAUAUUCAGAUUUGAAUUUCUUUGGAAUCUUUCGCCUUCCUGCACUGAAGACCCAUUUAUGCUCAAAGUUACGGACAGAUUCUUCUGUCCGUGCUCUGCCUUCAUUUAACCCGUAUUUCUGCAUGUUUCCACAAAGCCUAAGGGCCAAACGGAGCAGUACCACUGGAAACCAUGGGGGGCAGUGUUGCUGUUACCAUCUGAUACGCAGCUCUAAUGAGACAUGAAGAAGACAUAACAACGGCAGGAAUUCUCCGUCCUCCAGUGGUGAUAUAUUUAACAUCCUCACCAACCACCGCCUCCUACAACUCUGCCUCUGUUUCCUCUCAUGAGCAAGAGCUACCUGAUCAGUACUCUUCCACAGUCGCCAUGUUGGUUUUGGAGUUUGUUCUUGUCAGAAACCUUUGACUCUGUGCUGCUCCCCCUGGUGGAUAUAUUGGUGAACAGCAAUACCAUCGCAAAGAAGGCAUGGAAGCAUGUGCGCAGUGACAGUUUGAAACAUACAAGUACAAUUUCGUCCAUAAAGGGAGCAUAAACAGGCCUUAAAAGGAAACUUGUGUUUCCGAUGUUCUGUAGUUCCGAUUCCCUUAAUGGCUUCUCACCGCUGCUGCUCGCACACAUCACAACGCACAAUUGAGCUCCAAUAAAGCAACUUUCAUGUGAUUGUGUUGGAGGGAAUGUGUUAUUCUGACACUCUCUCAGUGCUUUCUGGGUACUUCCGUUAUACAAGGGGCAGAUAUGCGAUGCAAAUAGAGUUCGUGUUUGUACUUUGGCUUGAUCGAAACUCAAAGACAAAUAAACAUAUUCUGUCGUGUCAUGUUGGUGCACCAAUA